UCAGCCAGGCAGAGCAAUCCGCACACAGGACUGUUCACUUCUGCUGGACCACAGAGAGAGAGAACAAAGGAAUACUUCAUACAAAUACAGAAUACAUCACUGAACUCAGUGAGAAGGAUAAAGAGCUGGUCUCUUCUUCAGCCGAGCAUCUUCUUCCUCACAGACAUGACUGCCUGCAUCUUCAUACGAGGAGGGAAGAUUGACAGAGAGCUGGCAGACGAUGAGAUUGAAGAGUUGCGAGAGGCGUUUGAUGAGUUUGAUAAGGAUAAGGAUGGACUGAUCAGCUGUAAGGAUCUGGGGAACCUGAUGAGGACUAUGGGCUACAUGCCUACUGAGAUGGAGCUGAUCGAAUUGGGCCAGAACAUCAACAUGAACCUGGGAGGCCGGGUGGACUUUGAGGACUUUGUGGAGCUGAUGACCCCGAAACUCCUGGCUGAGACGGCGGGCAUGAUCGGCAUGAAAGAGCUUAGAGACGCUUUCAGAGAGUUCGACAUGGAUGGAGAUGGAGCCAUCACAACAGAAGAGCUGAGGCAAGCUAUGGGGAAACUAAUGGGAGAAAGCAUGACCCGCAGAGAGAUCGAUACAGUGAUCAGAGAGGUGGACAACAACGGAGAUGGAACAGUAGACUUUGAAGAAUUUGUGAAAAUGAUGUCAAGUUGCUGAGAGAAGCAUGCAUGGAGACGCUCUGUGGGAUGAACAUAAAUACACACACGAUACGCACACUGUAUGCACACUGUCAAAUAUAAAUAUAAACACAAUCUAAUUGAGAUAGCAAAUAAAUGCAGAUUUAUACAGAAAAUGUUUCCAAACUAUGCAAACCAGUUAAUAUUUAAAUAUGUUUGCAGUUCUAUUGAAACUAUUGAAUCACAUCCAAUCACAUCAAAUUGUAUAUACGUGGCCAAAAUGUUAGAUGUUAUAUAUUAUAUUCAAUUAUUUUUGGACAAGAUUUA